CACAUCACAUUCAAGUGUAUCUAUCUACAGCCGCCAGCGCCAUACUAUCACUAUACACACCAUCCACCCAACCCUCCCUCUAGUAGUGCGAGCCUCUACAACCGGCCGGCUACGGGAAAACAAAACAACCACCAACACGCACACACGCACACACACGCGGAUACAAACAUUAUGUAUGUAUAUAUUUAUGUUUGUAGCCCCUGAUGUACCGUCCGUCCGUCUACUGAGUCAGCUGAUGACAUGUGCUCUCUGUGCUGUUUGUGUCGUCUCUUUCGCAAGGGGUCUUGAUGAUUGAGGCCGGCGAGACGGUUGGGCUGGCUCCCCGUCUACGGAGAGGGGAGGGCUGCACCGGACGGGGGAAGGGAGAGUGGGCACAUGACACGUAGCCACCUACACACGCACAGCCAGGUAGACAGACACCACACACAGAGAGGGUCAGUCCAUCAGGCACUGACUGGGUGUGUCUGUGAGUGAGUAAUUUAGUGAGUGAGUGGUGCAUGUCUGUCGACUGACUGACCUUCAUCAGAUGUUCGUUUCCUGCUGAGGACGGUGAUAGCGAGUAGUGCCAUGCCGAGGAAGGGCAGGAGCAUCACCAGAGCCACGACCCUCCCACUCACCAAGUAGGAUGACUCGCUCUCAUUCUCGUGCUGCUGCUGCUGCUGCUGGUGAUGGUGGUGGUGGUGGUGGUUGUCAGCACGCUCAGUGGGCUUGAGGUCGUACGGCGUCUGAAGGAAUAUAUGAAGGCAGGCAGCCACAUACAUGCAAUCAAUGCAUAGGCAGCCAGGUAGGGUAUACGCCGCAUCGCAUCCAUCCAUCGAUGCCAUCGAUGGAUGGGAUGGGAUGGGAUGCACAGACGUGUGUUUGAGUGUGUCUUGUGGCUCACUCACCUCCAGCCUUCUGUGUGGGGGCGGUUCGGCUGCCUCAUGAGCCUGGUGGCCAUAUGCCGUGGCCACUGCAGUGGAGUUGUCUCCCCUUUGGUCUCCUCCACAGUCAGGCGGCCAUGACCGGGUGGAAGUGUUGGACUCGCCGUCGUGCAUGAGGCAGUCCAGGGCAGGGGACUGCUCAUCCACACGACCGCCUGACGAGUCCUGAUGUGGGAACAGCACACAGGCACAAUCAUGGCGGCUAACUGCUGCAGGUGCGUGUGUGCCUCCCUCCCUGCCUCCCUCACUGCAGCGGGUGGCGGGGUGGAGUAGUGAAUGGCACUCCGUAAGGCCUCCUGACAUACACCACACCAACCGCACACAUACGUACAGAAAGUAUCAAUGAGUCGCUUGGGUCAGUCAACUCACCCACGCAUUCAGGUACCUACCUGUACAGCAGCUCGUGCGUUGACCAUGCCGCCGUAAAUCGUGCGGUUCUGUAGUGCCGGCAGUGGUGUGAGGGUCGACAGCAGCACGUUGCGGAAGGCCUCGAUGUCCCCACUCAGCUGGGGGUAGGCCGACAGGGCCAACGCAGCCACGCCACACACGAAGGGCGCUGACAUUGACGUGCCGCUGUAAUAGGCAUACUUGCCCCAUGUGAUCGUCGAGAGGAUCUGCUCGCCUGGCGCCCCCAGGUGGACCGUCUGCUUGCCGAAGUUGCUGUCCCACAGCAGCCCGCCGCUCUUGUCCACUGAGGCCACGUUGAGGAUGUUUCGUAUUUCCUCAGCGAAGGCCGCGGGGUACUGUUUGGUUGUGUCGAGGUCGAUCAUUUCGUUGCCCGCCGCCACCACAAACAGCUGCUUGGCCCAGGCCGAUGAGCGAAUGGCCUCCUCCAAGCCCCUGUCGUAGGGGCCGCCUCCCCAGCUGUUGCACGUGAUGUCAGCUCCCAUCACGAUCGAGUAAUCCAACGCACGAAUCGCGUCAGACGUCCAGCCCUGCAGACAGACAGACAGAAUAAAUGAAUGAAGCUAAAUGGAUGCGAUCGACACGAUGGAUGCGAAUGAGAGCCCCUCUGUCUGUCCCCUCUGUCCUCUCCCCACUCAGCUCACGUACGGUAGUGGCGGAUGGGUCGUUUUCGUCGGCUCCCAUGAACUUGAGCGACAUGACCUUGACACGCUCGUUGCCGACCACACCAGCUAUCCCCCGGGCAUUGUUGGGGAUGGCCCCGAUGAUACCCAUCACAUGAGUACCGUGGCCUGCACACACACACACACAGGUGCACAGGUGCGUCUAGACAUGUGUGUGGGGACUGACUGACCGUCUGAGUCGUAUGGGUCUCCAUCAUUAUUCCUGAAGUCGUAGCCGUACACGUCGUCGAUGUAGCCUGCAACCAAUGCAGCACAACAUACAUACCAUAAGCCAACUGUCCAGCUGGGUGCCUGCCAUGCACAGGAGGGCGUUAACUCACCGUUGCCUGCAAAGACGCACACGCACAUCCGCAUCCAUCCAUCCAUCGAUGCAUCACUAACUCACUGUCUUGUAUGUGGGAUAGAAGCGUCAGUCUUUCUUUCUUGUCUCUGGCCUGGCCUUCCUCCUCACUCACUCACUCACCGUCAUCAUCGACUCCCUCCUGCCCGUUCAGCUCCGGCUGGUUGACCCAGAGGGAGCCCUGCAGGUCAGGGUGGUGAUAGUCCACACCGCUGUCAAUGACGGCAACCACGGGCACUUGUCUGUGGCGGGUCGGAACACUCGGCCUCUGCUGCUCCUGGGCAGCCUCUGAUUCGUCCACCCGUGCGUGGGAGUAUGCGCCAGCGGCCGAUGCGGCCAUGACGCUCUCACCUGUCCGCUCCCCUCCCCCUCCCUCCCCUAUUGCCUGUCGCUCUGCCUCAUCUUUGGGCGGCAUCGUGGCAUCGUCACCCCUCAAGUUGGUGUCAUCCGCCAUCACGACGGCCUCUGUUUGGCCCAUGUGGUGAGGAUGACCAUCGUAAUGGCUGAGAAUGUCCCAGGCUUCAGGGCCAUCCACAUCCAUCAUUGGGUGCUCCGCAUUGUUGAGUGCCCACUGACGCGCAUAGCCGGGGUCGUCAGGGCGCGCACCACCGGCGUGUGGGUGGACGGCCGUCGCUUCAGCCUGCGGGGGCCCGUGGGGCUCCACCAGCUCCACCUCACGACCGAUGCGAGAGAGGGACCUGGUGCCACGUGGAUGGCGAUUGUGCGACAGAGGCCGCACAGCUUUGAGUUGUACGUCCCUCUCACACACUUCAACAUCCAGAUGGGCACGGAUGGCGGUGCACAGGUUGUCGUGUUUCCACCGGCCGGGGUAGGACAGCACCUCUAGGCCAACGCCCUCCAGAUAAGCCACCCUGGAGGCAUCCACGUGCUCACCACUGGCAUCGCUGGCUCUCCUCUCCCUCUCCCCCAACACUCCGAACCCACCGCUGGCGGCCAGCCGCCGUUGUCGGAUGAUUUCCUGCUUGUCGAGGAGCAUGACGUGGCCGCCGCCCUCAUGGUGCUCAACCAGGGCCGAGUGUUUGAGCAGGUGCUGCAGGCGUCGGUUCGGGCCCACAGAGGGCUGCCGCACCUUGACAAUGGCCCGUGAAGGCGGCUGGUGGUCGAAGUGUGCAGCAGUGGACGUCACUUGGAUGUUGAGGGCGAGUGAGAGACCGCAGAUAAACAGCACCGGUGGCACCAUGAAUAGUAUGUAGAUACCGUUCGGCGGUGGGACGUACGUAUAGGGAGGGCACCUGGCAGCGCGAGAAAGGAAGCUUAGCGAACCGUUGUGUGGGUGUGGUGGGCAAGAAUAUAGCCCUCGGCCACCGACAGGGUCUUUGUCGUUGCACUGCUGCCUCGCCGUUGUCGGGGCAACCAUCUGUUCGCCUGACAGCCGGGAGACGAUUACCUCUAUCGUCUGGUCGUACCCAAAAC